GGGGGCGCUGCCGAGGCCGCGCCGCCGCCAUUUCCCCGGCCCGGCGAGCGGCCCUUUCCGGCAGUGGGCGGGACGGGCGCGGCCCCGCGGCCCGCGGCAGGCGAGCCCGGCCAUGCAGGCGGAGCGGGGCGGCAGCCGGCCCCGCAGGGACGGGGCCCGACACGGCCGCCGGCGCCCGCCCGACGCGGCGGCGGAAGGAGGCGGCGGGGACGGCCACGGGCGCGGAGGAGGCGGGGGCCGGGGACGAGGUGGCGCUUACGGGCACCGAGGAGGCGGGGGCCGGGGUAGGCGGGAGCCCCGAGGCCGCGGGGCAGCGCCGGCGCCCAGCGCCCAGCAGCACCGGCGGGUAGAGGAGGAUGAUGAUACCGAAUCACGACAUGAAGAAGAAAAGGAAGAAGUGAGAUGUUAUUCAAGAAGAAAGGUAUUUUCUAACUGGAGCCGCUAUGAGGAUACAGAAAAAGAGGGACAGAGUGAAGCUGGGGAGUCACAAAGAGGAUCAGACUUCAGUGUUUUGCUUAGCUCAGCAGGAAAUUCCUUUACACAGUUUCGAUUUGCUGAUGAGAAGGAAUGGGAUAAAGAAAGUAUAUGCCAUAAGCAGUUCUCUGCACUUUCUGUUGACUGCCAGUCUUUGGUCCAGGCCCUUCAGGAAUUGCCUCUACAUCUGAGGCUGAAUAUAGCUGCUGACCUUGUGCAGGCAUCAACACCUCUAGAGAUCCCACAGAUGAAAUCUAAAAUUUUUGAAGAUGGGAAGAAGAGAGAGCAGCUGUUCCGACAGUCUCUGGCUCAAAGUGAAACCGUGUUGGUCUCCCAUCCUCUUGGUAAUUCUGUUGCUCCAUCAGAACCUGGGAGUAAAAAUGGCUCUGGGAGAAAUGCAGGAGAAUCAUUUCAAAGAGUCCAUCCACUAUCAAAUCAAGACACUGACCAUUUGGAUGAAGAACUAGAUCUUCUCCUGAAUCUGGAGGCUCCCAUUAAUACAGAAAAUAGACCUGCAUCAGGUACAUUAUCCUACAGCAUAUCAACUGAGAAAGAUUUGAAAAUGGAUUGUAAAGAAAAUGAGCCUUUAAAAGUAGAUAUGCCUGAAGACAAGGGCACAUCAUCACAGCAGCAGGAAAAUACAUCUAAAGAUGUUACUGAAGAAGAGCUCGAGGAUUGGCUGGACAGCAUGAUUGCCUGAAGCUCAAAUUUCCUCAUAUGAAUAAUUGAAUAUAGCAAACAUGUAGACACUUGAAUCUUUCUUUAUCUCCUUGUUAUUUCCUUUCUCUGUAUGCCAAAUGCCUGUUUUUCUUUGCUGGCACUUAAAAUUUUGUGCAACCAAAAUUAAUUUAGAAAAGAUUGAAAAUUGUUGAAGACUAAUGAUAUUAUUAAAAAGGUCUAAAAUUUGUGAUGAAGUUAAGAGUUUUCUUUGCUAAAGAAGCAGGCUACAGUGCAGAAAGAAAACAAUUAUUUCAGCUUGUACUUGCUCUAUGUAGUCCUUAAAAUAAAGCUGUGGAUGAACAAUGAA